AUGCCUAAGUUAGAACAGUUUGAAAUUAAGAAAUAUUGGCAAAUUUUUUCAGGGUUGGCUCCUGUGGAUAACAAAGUGACACACAACCAAGUACUGCCCAUCUUACACAAUUCAAAGUUGGAUUCAUCUGUGUUAAGUCAAAUAUGGUUUUUAGCUGAUAUUGAUGAUGAUGAUAAUUUGGAUUUUGAGGAAUUUGUGAUUUGUAUGAGGUUGAUUUUUGAUAUGGUGAAUCGGAAUAUAAAUGCUGUUCCGGAACAGCUGCCAGACUGGUUGGUUCCUGGUUCCAAAAUAGAAUUGGUGAAACAAAGGGGCAGUGCGAGGUAUGGAAGUGAUGCAACGCUAGAGGCCUCUACAGAUAACUCAGCGCCACCACCUGAAGUAGAGUGGUAUAUUUCUCUAGAAAAUAAGACUUUGUAUGAAAGUAUUUAUCAACAAUGUCAGACAAGCACCGAUGGUUCAGUGUCUUUCCCAUCGCUUGCUGGGGUGGCAGCGGCGAACUUCAUGAAUAUAAACUCGUCUGAAAUAGAGCAGGUGUGGAGGUUGGUUAAUCCAAAGAAUUUUUCGACCAUAGACAGGGAUCCUGUGUUUUAUGUUUUGCAUAUUUUGAAGCAACGGAAUGAUUUAGGCAUAAAAAUUCCAAGCAGCGUGCCAUCUGCGUUGAAGGAGGUGUUUUCUAAGGAGCGUGUCUCUACUGAUAUAUCAGGGGGCGCACAAGGAACUGUCAGGAAGGGUUCUACGUAUGUGUCUAGUUCUGGAAACAAAGGUGUUACGGACAACGGUAGGCGUAAAAUGGCAGGUACUGAUUUCUCUGCUACUAAAGGCACAGAUUGGGAAUUGGUAAGGCUUCAGCGAGAACUUGCAAAUUUGGAGACUGAAUUGGCUAGUUUAAACAGAGAACAGUCUGUGCCAUGCUCUUCCGGGCCCAAAACUUUAGAACAACAGUUUCAAGGUUUGUUGACUUAUAAGCAGAAUCAACUUUCCAAUUCUACUACUUCUCAAUCUUCUAUAGGCGUUCUGGGACUAAUCGAUGAUAUUGAUAGUCUUGAAGGGCAAGUUCAAAUAUUAGAGCAAUACCUAUCCAGUAAAAGGGGUGAAUUGCAUAACUUACAACAAGAGAUUCAGUCGUUGAAAUGA